AUGAGUUUGGAACAAGACAUCAUCGCUGAAAUAAACAAGCUCCUCGGAGAAGCCGAACCGGCCUACGGGCCUCCCGGAGCGAUACUAGAAGCCGCACCGAUCGACCGACCGCCACCAACACCACGGCCACCGAAAGUCGGCACCUCGAUCCAGCGUUCCGACCGGGCAAACCGGAUAAAAGCGGCCAUGCUGGCCACACCGCCGCCACCGCUAGCCAGCUGCAUCCGCCGCCGACGGAACUAUCCGCCACCGCACGCCCGGCGACCAACACCGGCGAAACCAGAAUCCAGCAAGGGACCAACAACGGGGGACACACCACCCGCCCCCCCCCAUACCCGAAGUCCUGGUCCCCAUGGGCCCCGCACUACCACCGCCGAUCAUGGUGGAGCUCGAGCCGGGCCUAAUAGCGCCGGUACCGCACUUCGCGGUGCAUGUAUCGAGGCGAUAUAA